AUGCUUCCUGUAAAACGACAGCAUAAAAAUGUGGUACUGGCAGCCAGAAAGAUCCAGGCAUGGUGGCGUGGAACCCUGGUGCGACGGACGCUGCUGGCAGCUGCCCUCAGGGCCUGGAUGAUUCAGUACUGGUGGAAAACUUCCAGGCUGAGGCAGGUGCAUAAGCAACUGCACAACCUGCUGAAGACCCAUAUACUGCAGGAGCAGGCAGCAGUCAAGCUGCAGUCCUGGAUCCGCAUGUGUCUGUGCCAACAACACUACUGCCAAAUGAGCAAAACGAUCUGCAUGAUCCAGGACCCAAUGAACUGCCUCACUUACCAGCCCAAUGACAUUUUACAGGUAGACCAUGAAGUCUCUUCCAAUCAGCUGGAGUUCCACAUUGAAAUCUUAUCAGUCUGA